AUGACAGAAUUAUUGCUCGACCCAGCAAUUCGAACUUGGGUUUUCCUUCCCGUUAUAAUUAUUACAUUUCUUGUUGGUGUUCUUCGUCAUUACGUCUCGCUUUUUUUUACUUCUAAGAAAAAACUGGAAUUGCAGCAAGUUCAAGAUAGUCAUUAUUUAAUACGAUGUCGACUGUUGCGUGAGAAUGGUCGAUUCAUUCCUAAAUCAUCGUUUCUUAUGCGAAAAAAUUUUCUUAUCGCUGAAGAAAGUGGUUAUAUAACAAAGGGUAUGGAACGUCUAUCGCAAAUGCAAAACCCAAUGGCGGAUCCGUCAAUGAUGACAGACAUGUUAAAGGGAAAUCUUUUAAAUGUUCUGCCAAUGAUAAUUAUUGGCGGAUGGAUUAAUUGGACGUUCAGUGGAUUUGUUACUACUAGGGUUCCAUUUCCGCUCACAUUACGUUUCAAACCAAUGUUGCAACGAGGAAUUGAAUUGGUUUCAUUGGAUGCGUCGUGGGUAUCUUCAGCAUCGUGGUAUUUUCUGAAUGUAUUCGGUUUACGAGCCAUUUACACACUUGUUCUUGGUGAGGAUAAUGCCGCUGAUCAGUCUCGCCUAAUGGAAGAACAGAUGACUGGAGCUGUCAUGGUUGUACCACAGGAUCCAAAACAAGCAUUUAAGGCUGAAUGGGAAGCUUUGCAAAUGACAAAUCAUCAAUUCAUCUUAGCCAAGUGA